CCUAGCUACAAUGUUCCCUUCCUAUGUUCAACCCCCUACUAACUAAUUUUCAUUCCUCAUGAAUAUCCAAUUCCAACAAAACCACAACCUCAAACACCAACUCAUAGAGAAAAUGUCAACAAAAAAUGUAAAGAGUAUCCCAAUAAACAACACAACAAAACUCAAAGGAAGAUCAAAGAGAUCAUCAAGCAAUGGCCAUAAAAACAACAAAUUUGUAGGGGUAAGGCAAAGGCCAAGCGGGCGGUGGGUAGCCGAGAUCAAAGAUACAACACAAAAGAUACGUAUGUGGCUCGGAACCUUUGAGACCGCUGAGGCAGCUGCGCGUGCCUACGAUGAAGCCGCAUGCCUACUUAGAGGCUCAAACACUAGAACAAAUUUUGUUGUUACACAUGUUUCUCCCAACUCUCCUCUUGCUUCUAGGAUCAAAAACCUCCUCAAGAAUAAAAAAUUAGAGUCCCAAAUCUCAAAUGAUGAACAUGAUCAUGAUCAUGUUAUUCCUAAUAACCCUUUAGUAAUACCCUCAACUAAUACCAAUACAAUUGCUGUUCCUCCAAACACUAGCACUACCUUAUCUAGUCAAAAUUUUAACUUGGCUAGUAUAAUCCAUCAUAAUGGUAAUUUUAGGUAUAAAAAUCUUGAUAAUUUUUGUUCUCAAACCCAAAGUUUACAAGAAAAUAGGGUUUAUGGUGAUGUAUAUAGGCCACAAUUCAGUGGUUUUGUUGGAAGCUAUGAGUUGGGUGAUUAUUCUUCUAUGUCGUCCCAAUGUGGUAUGCCUGAGGGUUAUGGUCACUUCAACCUUAGCUUACCUUUAAGCCUUAGUCACGAGGAAUUUCCAGAGAAUAAUGUAGUAGCUCCUCCAGCUACGGGUGGUGAAUUAAUAUUUUCGGAGGCGGCGAAAAUGCAAAUGGAGAAGGAGAUCUCAACAUCCAUGUAUGCAGCUUCUAGUCAUGGGAUGAUGCAUGAGUAUAUAGAUUUUCUUCAUGAUCCUGUUGAUGCAUUUUGGGAUCUUCCUCCUCUUUGCUCGUCAUUUUGCUCAAUGUAAUACACUUUUUACGCUUUUAUAUUUAUAUGCAUGUCCUCUAGUUCCCUGAUUGAUUAAUCAAUCACCUCAGCUUAUUUGCUGAGAGGGGUGAAAGCCAAGAGUGAAAAGAAGAAAAACUCUUUGGUUUUGAUCUUAUUUUUAUGUAUUACUAUUAUGUGUCUUAGUUGCUUUCCCUUUUUCUUCUUUCAUUGUCAUCUAAAAAAAAUGAUGUCAAACUCAUUAAUUUAGUUGUAGGAAUAAAUAAAUAGAGUCCGAGUUACCAGUUGGAAACUUAAUUAGAAUAUUGAUGAGGAGCUUUAUGAGAGAUGGAAUAUGUCCUCUCCUAUCUCCUGCGUGGU